AUGAAAGGAAAGAUUACUCUCGAAGAAGCUUGUAUGGCCCCCGACAUGUUUGCUUGUGAAGCCGACAGCAACGAAGGAUUGCAUGCAAGUCCUACCUAUAGCAAGAAAUGGGACAAGUGCAUAGUUGACAUUGCUGGCGAAGAGCUCAAGACGAUGGAAAAGUACGGAUGUAGCUACACUGUAUUGAGCUUGACAGUACCCAAAAUCCAAAAUAUCCAUGACCAAAAGAAGGCUGAAGCUGAGGCUACCAAGACUAAUGACUGGAUUGCUAACGAGAUCAACGGCCGUCGUGACAAGCUGGCUGCUUUUGCUUGCUUAUUUAUGCAUGAUGCCAAGCAAAAAGGUGAGGAUCCGAGACGAUGCAUUACAAAGUAUGACUUUCAUGGUGCUCUUUUGACCGAUUUUCAACAUGCUGGGAAGGAUGGCUCUGACUAUCUUUACUAUGGUCAGUCUGUCUUUGACCUCUUCUGGCAAGUAGUUCAGGAACUGGAUGUUCUUGUCUACCUUCAUCCUGCAGCUCCUGCUGACUACAUCUUUGAAAGCAAUUCAAGGAAAGAUGUACCUUAUCGGCCCUCCCUUAUCUUUUCUAACGGCGUGUCUCUUUAUCUGCUUGGUAUGAUCAGUAACAGUGUAUCUGAUCGUUUCCCCAAGCUCAAAGUGAUUGUCGGUCAUCUUGGCGAGCACAUUCCCUUUGAUUUCUGGCGUAUCAAUCACUGGUUUGGGGACAUUAAGAAGCCUAACGGCAUGGUCGCCAAAAAGACGCUUGCCGAGUACUUUGACGAACACAUCUGGCUGGGUGCAGAUCGUAUUCUCUUCAGCGUGUACUCUCCUUACGAGACGUAUUGCGAUGGCUUUACUUGGUUUGACGAUCAUACACAACUUGGUCUAGGCGACAAGAUCAAGACUGGAAGAUCCAAUGCCAAAGCCCUUUUGAAGAUUGACGAUUAUGUUGACCAUAAUGUCCCUGUUACCAAAUAA